ACACACACACACACACAUUAUAAGGACAAGAGAAAGCAGAAUGACCACUGUGUGAACACACACACAUGAAAAUGAGCAUGUCUUUAUGUCAUGCACUCGAAGGCAAAUAAAAACCACAAAACACAGGAAAUACAACUGAAAUACAAGCAGUCUGUUGUUUGACCGCUUUACACGGAAUCACUCUCUCCAUCCCUCUCUCUUAUAUCUUAUUCUGUCUGACUGGCAGGUUAGAAACUCUGGGUACAGACCGCACUGUUUCAGCAGCUUGCAGUUUGUGGUUGUAGCUUCAGUAUUUAUACCGCGGCAAACCAUAUUGAGCUUGUUGGAACAAUGGGAAGUUUUUUAUGUUGUAACCGAAGAAAGAAGAAACCUGAAAACACUGAUAAUGACAAUCAGACAGAAACAGCAGCAGACACAAAGACAGAAGAUGUGCUCUAUGCCUCCAUUGACCACGGUAACAUCAGUCCAAACAGACCUGUUCGAGACAACGUGGAGGACAACGACUGUGAUUAUGCUGUUGUAAAGCUCCCUCAAAUCACAACAGACACGUCCAAGCACAAAAUCAUCGAGGACAGUUCAGAUGAUUAUGUGCUCAUGGGCUGAGCGCUGAGACGCUCCUGUGGCUGAAAUCUGCACAUUCAGCUAGAAUGGAGACCUGAGAUACUCAAGCACAACUUAAAUGGCUUGUCAACUUUGUAUAGGAUGCAGUGAUAUUCAGCUUUUUAGAAUUUUAUUUAUUUUUUAUUUUUUAAAUAAUUAGUUUAUUUCCGGUCUGUUUUUGGCACACCAUGAAGUAAAAUAUGUUAAAGACUUUUGAUGCAAUUUAAGUAAUUACUACCUUCAUCUACAUGCACAGUGAAUAAAAGUGCAUAUUAUGUCUGUCUUCAUGUAUGUAUGUGUGCUAUAUAACUGAUAAUAGUGGUUUCUAUAAUGAAAGUCAAGAGAGAUUUACAUUUUUCCCGUGAUGAGAUGGAAACUAAAACCCAGAAGAAUAGUAAUCAGUAAGUGACAAAGUACAACGUCAUUAAAGAAGAGUUACAUGUAUUUGAUAUGAGGAAUCACAAAUUUACAUUGCUGUGUGAAACAGAGAAAUUGUAAUCAUAUUUUACUCACUUCAAAGAUGCAUUUAGUAUCUUAAAGUAUUUUUGUCUUUCUGUCCUCCAAAAUAAAAUUCCAAUAUCAUCAUAUUGGAUAACAAGUGAAAACAAUAAAACCAUAUACAUUCAGACAAAAGUCAAUUAUAUAAUUAUGUAAAAUAAAUAAAUAUUAUA